AUGGAUAAGUAAAAUUUCUACUUGAAUCGUUUCUUUAUAGAUAAAAAAAACAAAUCAAAUACAUUUUGGGAAAAAGAUUUUAGAAAAUUGAUAUCAAAUGAAAGUAAUUUCACACUAAACAACGAUAAUUGUAUUUGCUUGUAUAAAAAGGGAAAAUAUUUCAAUAAAUUCAUUCCUAGAUAUUAUACUAUAUAAGGAACCUAUUUGUUUUAUGGAGAUAAAGUAUAAUCUGAAGAUAUAUUAUCAUAUAGGAUUUAAAAGGUUUUAGAAAAUUAGAAAAUGUGUAUAUGUCAACAUAAUUAGGUAAGAAUAUAUAUCCAUAUUAAAUUGAACUGAUGCAUAAUCAUAAUUAGAUUGUGUUAUAGACUAAUUCUGAAUAAGAUUUCACUUAAUUUAAAUCGUAGUUAGAAUAAUUUUGCAUCUUAGUCGGAUUUCAGAAUGAAUACAUAAUAAUCACUCAGAUAGGUUUUGGAUCCACUGCCUAAGUAAAUCUAUUAGAUAUUGAAGGUGUUUGUUUCAAAAUCUUUAAGUGAUGGUUCUCACUACGCUAUAAAAAGAAUUAAGAAAAAUUCUAAACUGAAUCCUUAAUUUUUAAUGGAGGAAAUACAAGUAUUGAAUGAUCUAUCACAUCCAAAUAUAAUUAAAUUACAUAGAGUAUUUGAAACUAAUUGUAUUUAAUUAUAUAUAGCUUUUAGAACAUAUUAACAUGGUUUUAUAAUUAGUGGAAGGAGGUGAACUAUUGAAAAGUUAAAGAUAUAAUAUACGUGAUGCAAGAACAAUCUUUAAAUAAUUGGCAGAAUGUGUAGAUUAUAUGCAUUAGAAAGGUGUAAUGCAUAGAGAUUUAAAACCUUAGAAUAUAUUAUGCAAGACGAAUUCGUUGGAUAUAGUUUUAGCUGAUUUUGGUCUUGCCACUUAUAUAAAAGCUAAAUCUCACAUUUAUUAUAGAUGUGGUACAACAGGUUAUGUAGCUCCAGAAAUAUUGUAAUACAAAGAAGGAAAUAAAAUGUAUACAGAAAAAUGUGAUAUCUUUAGUCUUGGAGUUAUUUUAUAUCAAUUGUAAAUUAUUUGUUAUUUACUUUUAGAAUAUAUAAUUAACAUCCAUUUAAAGAUCAUUAAAAGGAAAAGAUGUUAAAAAAUAAUCUUAAUGUUGAAUAUAAAUUUGAUGAUACCAUUAAAAUUCCAUAUAGUUGUAAAGAUCUUAUUUCUUUGAUGUUAAAACAAAAUCCUAAAUUAAGACCAAGUGCUUCAGAAAUUCUAAAACAUGA